CAGAUAUUUCAGCCCAGCAAAAAGCUGUGGCGCGCAACAUGGUCGAUCUGACGAAAGCAAGCUGAGCCAAGCUUUAGGGUAGAGCGUCUUGGUUGGAAGGGAAAGGGCUGCUUGGGCAGGAUCGAAAUAGGGGUGGUUGAGAGCCUUUAGAGUGCCGCAUCUUUUGCAGAGUCGUGUAGAGGCAGCGGCAGCAGCAUGGCGGUGUCGACGCUCAAUCUCCAGGCAGGGAGCCUGACCACGGGUUUGCUUGGAAAGGCAGCUGGCCUUUCGAGCACAGCAAAUAUUGAAGCGGCACGCGUAAGCUUGCCAUGCAGGCUGGCCGUGGUUAGGAAAGGGCAGGGAGUUGUGCAAGCGAAGGUCAAGCGGAAAGCUGAGGCCGGAGCUCCGGUCAAGAAACUGGAUGCAAAGAGUGUUGAAGUUCUGAGGACGCCUUGGGCAGCUGUUGCAGCGGCCUCUGCCCUCGCAGCACUUGGCGCCUCAGACCAGUCUUCCUACGCAAACAUGCGUCCCAUUGAAGACCACAACGCUGUUCCUCUGGAAGCUGCAGCAGCUAAUGAUGACACGCACGCUCUGAGCGCUGCCUCCCUAUCUGCGCCAAUCCUGGCGUAUGGUGGAGACGAGCUUGAUGCAGAAGGUGUCUUGCCCGUGCGAUCUCCAGAGGUCCUGCUAUACUAUGAGCCUGCAGAGCCCCUGCAGCCGACAUUCAACCCGGACGAUUUCCGAGCAAAGCUCCCCGAUGGGGCGGGACCCUUGGGGGGGGGCGAAUGGCAGUUUUCAUCAAUGAAGACUAGCGGCCGCUCCUGCCCCGCAUGGGGCUCCAACCAAAACAUUGAGAUGGUCGUGCCGGGGGCUGCCAAACCCCUGCAAGUGCACCCCCCCCGCGGCAGUAAACGCUGGUUUGCGAGCUUCCCCGAGGCUGACACCAGCCAACUUCAGGGGGGUGAUGUGGCUUCCGCAUUGGAAGACAGGGAUUGGGGGUAUUUGGAGGUGGCAAAUCCUGGGGAAAAGAGCGCUUCUCAGGAGGAAGUGAGCGAGGUGCCGGUGGUGGGGAAAAACCCCUUCGAGGGCCUCAUCAUUGAGAUUGUGAGGAUGCCAGUGUUCUCCUGCUUUUCAUUGUAGGGCAAAGUAUCCGGCUUCCAUGGUAGGGCAGAAGUAGGCAGAACUGCUUGUGGGGCGAUUUGUGUGAUGAGUGCAAAUUUAGAAACUGUACAUUUGUGAAAACAUGCGCGCGUACUGGGAUUCGGAAAUCUGGAGAGAGUAAGGAAGCCGCCGGAAGAAAGGGUUUACAGCAGUUGGCACGCAUUGUGAUGCCAGCACAUUGAUUGCAACUGUACAGUUUUAGUCAAGAGCUUUGUAUAGGCUGAUCGGCAGCGUACGCUUACUGUACAUAAUCUAGUCAUAAGAGCACCUGACAUCAAGGGAAGUGCCGUAAAUCAAGGGUAGGCGAGCUUCAAACGUUGUAUAUAGUUUGAUCAUCUUGCAGAAUAAGCUUAGAGUUGACAUGGUACUGUUCUUGAAGUAGCAGCCUAAGCACUCGCGAAAUCUCAUUGUAGCUAAGUCACUACAGUUGCAAGUUUAAGCAUACAUACUCGAACCCCGAUUGGGCAGUAGUCCUGCACAAGCAAGGUAUAGUGUGUGGCAAAGCUAAGUACAACGAGUUUGGUUUGGAUUGAUCUAAACAAUCAUAACAUUGCGAAAACAAAGUCUGAAAGCACAUUGCGAAAAUAAGGUAUAAAAGCACUGAUCCUGUAAGCUUCUCUGGCACCGGCCA